UACUAGGAGAGAGGCGCUUUCCUCUUCCGUUUCUAUAGCAAUCCUCGUCGCAAAGUCGCCGAUGCCGUAAAGAGUGGGCUCGCCUAAGGUUUGCUGCAAGAAGCCAGGCUCCCUUGGCUUUGGGGAGAAACGAGGUUUUGGCCAGUGGCGCAGUAGGCAUCUAUCAUCUACCUGUUCGAGAAGCAGCCGUUGUCUCUGUAGCCUUGAGUCCACUGGUGGCAGUGUGAUAUUCCCAAGCACAACGUUGAAAAAAGCGAAAUAAAAAGGUGUCUUUGCCCUGGUGGCAUCAAGAGGGACGAGGAAGGAAGGAUAUCGGUGGUGGAGUACCUUGUCCAAUGAAGAGAGGUGAAUAACCAGAGGAAGGGUGACACCCUGGAUAUGCAACGAUCUUUGCAAAAAAAAAGUUCAUCUGAUGUCGUUUUACCUUUUCAGUUGAAGAAGGUCCUUUGACGCAGAGAUACAUAAUAAGUCACCUGCAAAGAUGAAAAAGUCCAGGCUGCUGCUUUUAAAUAACGGUCAAAAGAACCCUGAAGACUAAUGCAGAGAAUUAACAAGAACUUAGUUUUGGGCCUUCUAACGUUGACAAGCUCAGUCUUCCUCUUGUUUCAGUUGUACUAUUAUAAGUAUUAUUUGUCUCCAAAGAAUGGAGCUGUUUUCCCGAAAAUUAAAGGGAGCAAAGUGGGGCAAGACAGUAGUCGAUGGUAUGUGGUUAGGAAAUUCCUGAGUCUGAUGUCUAGUCAUAACAUAGCUGUGCACUUGAUCGAUCCGUUGCUUCUGGGGCUGAUAGAGACAGACUUGGGACAGCUCCGGACUUCCACUGAUGGCGGCCAGUCAGAAUGCAAGUACUUCUGUGUUCCGCGCGACUACACCACGUUUGCACUGUUGGACAAAGCCUGGAAACCUGAAGUGGGCUUGUUUCGAGCUGCUGAAAGAGUGGGAUUCCAGUGGUUGAAGAUACAGAGCAAGGAUCCCCGCCUAGAAGGGAUGGAUGACCUCUCUGGGACUGAGAUACCCCUGCACUACAUCUUCAGACUGGCCACUCAUGUCAUCCAUCUUGUGAUUUUUUAUGAGAGGAAUGGCAACUACCUCUGGCAUGGACCACUGCGGUUGAAACCACACAUGGAUCGGAAGUUUGCACCUUUCCGGAAGCUACAGUUUGGCCGCUACCCUGGAGCCUAUGAGAAGAUAGAACUACUGAAUGUUUCCAUUGAUGGGUUAACGGUCCAGAUUCCAAAAGAGCCAUCCAAGUUCCUAGAAGAAAUCCUCAACUCUCGGUUUGUUGAAUGUAGGUACAAAGAAGCUCGAUCUUUCUUCCAGGUGUACCCUGAUGACGCAUCCCUCGAUGCAGUGGAAUUCAGGAAAAAAGCCAAGGCAUUGCUGCACCUUGCUGCUCUGACAUUAAAUGGCUUAGGAAUGAGAUUCUGGCUGAGCAGUGGAACAUGCCUAGGUUGGUAUAGACAGUGCAAUAUUAUUCCUUACAGCAAAGAUAUGGAUUUGGGGAUUUUUAUUCAAGACUAUAAGUCGGAUAUGAUUCCAGCAUUUCAGAAGGCAGGAUUACCACUAAAGCACAAGUUUGGCAAGGUAGAAGAUAGUUUGGAGCUCUCAUUUCAGUCAGGAGGAGAUGAUGUGAAACUUGAUAUAUUUUUCUUCUAUGAAGAGGAUGACCAUAUGUGGAACGGAGGAACUCAGGCCAAAUCGGGCAAGAAAUUCAAGUACCUGUUUCCCAAAUUCACUCUGUGUUGGACUGAGUUUAUAGAACUCAGAGUUCGUGUGCCAUGUGAGGCCAUUGAUUAUAUCGAAGCCAAUUAUGGUAAGGAUUGGAAGAUGCCUGUGAAGGAGUGGGACUGGAAGAACUCACCACCCAAUGUCCAGCCCAAUGGGAUGUGGCCCAUUGAUGAAUGGGAAGAAGUCAUUCAGCUGUAUUGACCUGUUUUAAGACACUGGAAUCUGGAAUGUAUUUGUUGUCAUUUGACUUGUGUUUCACCCAGAUGUCACCCUCAGUUCUGGGCUGCUUUGUUCAUUUGGAAAGGAAUGGUUCUAAAAAAAUUGUUCCAUAAAAUUGGAAUACAGGAGCAGUCCGGUGUACCACUAUAAACACCUGUUUCCCUAAUUGAGAGUGGCUAAAUUUAUAAGUGAAGCUGUAUAAAUGAACUGUUUCAGGGAAAUACAACACCAAACAGCUUUUUUUUUAAAUCAAAUGUUGUGGCAAACUGACCUAAUUGAGAAAAUGUCAAUUUCCACUAAGGCUAAAUUGGAAUACUGGGUAUUACUUAUGUGUAAUUGUGGGUCUUCAAGUGGCCAGCUGUGAACUCACACUGGGUUCUUACGCAUCUAAGUGUGGGUUCACAGAGACCAUGAUGGAGAAAAGUUAAAAGGAAAAAAAACACUUGGAAUGCUAUGUACUGUAUUAGUCCUUGGAAAAUUUUCCUCUUGAUAUCACAAGAUUUCCCCCAUCUAACAUGGUUAUUCACCAUCCUAGCUGGAGGAUUCUGGGAAUUGUAAAUCAAAAAAGUCCUGUUUCCAAGUUCUGGUUGUCCCAGAUCAUGAAAUGUAGUAUCUAACUGGAGACGGACAACCAAAAUGAGAGGCUGAAAUAUCUUCCCUGCAUGGAAAGCCCAAAGCCUCUGAGUUUUGUUUCAUUUUUCCAUUUCAAGGUCAGGCAAGGUGUGAUAGAGGGGUAUUAAAUUAUUCCAUGCUCUGGAGAAAGUAGAUGGAGAGAUGGUUUGUGCACACUCUCUUUUUUAAUAACAGAAAGAUUCAGUCCAGUGAAACCAAUGGAAGAAGCUGGUGCCAAGAGAUGUGCAGAUGGUAACUAAGUUAGUUUUUUCCAAGGGAGGAUUAGACAAAAUCCCAGAGGAUCAGGCUGCCAGUACCCUCUUCAGCUGUAGCUACCUCCAAUGGAAAAAAACAGUGUUCCUUUGAGUAAAAUUUCUUGGGAGGCAGCAGUAGAAGGAGGCAGUUGCCUUCUUAAUUGAGGGCUUCUUUUCUGAAUCAAUGUGGUUAGCUACUGUGGAAAGAGGUAGGUGGCACUACAUAAGCCUUUGGUCAGAUCCAGCAAGGUUGCUUUUCUGUCUUCAGAGUGUUGGAAGGAGUCCCAUGUUGACUAGGUUUGCAUUGGUUCCUCUUUACAGAUGUUCCCUCACUGGCAAUUCAAAACGUUUCCCCCUAUUUCUCCAAAAUUAGAACUUCGCAUGUUUACUUUGGACCACUACUUUACAAGUGAUUUAAAAUGUCAAAACGUUUAAAACAGCAGAAUGGAUCAGGAAACUGAGUUCUGUGUAAAGCACUAACCUGUGGAGGUCUCAUAAUGUAUUUUAUUUAUAUGUGGUUAACGAUGGCUUAAAGUAUGUUUAAAUUAUUUGGAGCACAGCAGUAUAACAGCUCUGUUUGUGAAUAGCGAAUGGGAAUAGUAUAUUUUGUGAUAUUCUAAAAAUGCUCUCUUGCAUAGGUAGAAAAAAUGAAAGAAGUACUAAUACCCACACCGUGGCUCAGAGUAUUUAAAUAAUAAUAAGGUACUGUGUUUAGCUUACUGACAGUUCUUGUAUAUUUUGUCUGAACUACAAUAUUUUAAUGGACGAAGAGUGUUGUGCUUAAGACCCAUUGGUAUCAAUGAAAUUAGUCUCAAUAUUUCUGGAUCAGAACCAAGUUUUUAAUAUACUCCUUAUGUGUGUUAUGCAGGAGGUACUUUAAAUUAGUAGUUCAGACUGCUGCUCAUAGGAAAAUAACCCAAAGGCAUUUGAGGCUUCUAAAGUGCAUGAUCGAACAUUUUUACUGAGUUUUUCUUUGUAAUAAAUUUCAGAAAACAA